GUGGCUGCUGACCGCGGCGACCGACGACGCGGCGCUCCUCCUCCCGCGACUGCGCGGCGAGGAGGGCGGCGCGCCGCUGAGCGUCGCGAGCGUGGGCGCGCUGCUGGCCGACGGCAACCUCUUUGGCCUCCUGGGCCGCGGCGCCGAGUGGAAGGACAUCGCGGACCUGGCGGCCGUCUUCCGCGACGGCCUGCACGUCACCAUGCGCUUCCGGCUCGGCUGGGAGGACGGCCGCGAGGCCAGGAGGGACCACCGCGCCACCGCGCGGAGGGCGACGGCGACGGCGGCGAGCGAGGUGGGCGGCAGCAGUAGUAAUGCGAGGGGGGGCCACGGGCAGGUGCUGGCCAUCUCGGCCGUCCGGACGGGCGGCUGGGGCGGCGGCGAGAACGUCGGGCUCGGGCUCCAGGCGCGCGUCGGGUUCCGGCAGCGCGGGUUUGUCAGGGACUGGGGCUGGAAGACGUGAGCCGCUGAGGGUUUUGCUUUGCGUCAUCCAUGUACUUGUAUGUGUAUGUCUUUGUUCCUCUGGAAAGCAUGGCGCUUAGGUUAAUGUUAAUUUUGCUAUACUUUAUUCGUACUUGUACUGCCUCUUUCUCGUCCCUUGCCGUUGGUCUUCAUCUCGGUCUGCACCAGUGCCGAUGUCGAAGCGUCAUUACAGCCCUGCAGCCUCUAUCACUGUCACAUCCGGGAGCCCCAACGGGGCCCGCCAACCCCUUUU